GGCGCGCAGUGCACGAGAUGUUAAUGCGGAGAAGUGGUUUGCCUCCUUGUGAUCAAUGCGUUUACGUUUUAAUUUGUGUCAUUUGUGCAGCAUCCAGUGUUGUGGAAGAAGUCACUAGAUCAUGUCAGAUUUCUCCUCAUUUUUACACGACUAUAACAAUGGCCGGUGCUGCAUUGAAACGCUUAAUGACAGAGUACAAACAAUUGACCCUCAAUCCCCCAGAGGGCAUCGUUGCUGGGCCGUUGAACGAAGAUAACUUCUUUGAAUGGGAGGCUACCAUUAGUGGCCCAGAGGGGACAUGCUUUGAGGGAGGCGUCUUUGAGGCUCAGAUCCUCUUUCCGCCCGACUACCCGCUGAAUCCCCCCAAGAUGAAAUUCAAGAGUGAGAUGUUUCACCCAAACAUUUACGCUGAUGGCAGAGUGUGCAUCUCUAUACUCCAUGCACCAGGGGAUGAUCCCAUGGGGUACGAGAGCAGCGCCGAGCGGUGGAGCCCCGUACAGAGCGUGGAGAAGAUUCUGCUCUCCGUUGUCAGCAUGCUUGCAGAACCGAAUGACGAAAGCGGGGCCAACGUUGACGCCUCCAAGAUGUGGCGAGACGAGCGGGAGAAAUUCAACCAAAUCGCGGAAGGAAUCGUCAGGAAAUCACUCGGCCUUCCCCCUGCACCGUCAUGACAUUAGUCAAAACCAACAAAGCCAUCAUUACAAACAAACAAAAUGAAAAGGUACUUUGUGUCGUCCUUGAUUGGAUGAUUGAAAACUGCGAUGGAUCUAUAUGUCCCCCCCCCCCCCCGGCCCCUUUUCCAUUUAGUCACUUCCCUUCAGGGGGGGGGGGGGGCAGUAGAGAAACUUCCCUUUCAAGAUACGGCAUCAGUCACGCUAGAUCAACUCCAUAUUUAGUAUUAACAUGUUUCAGAUUCAUGGCUCCCGUGUGCUCAUAGCUUGAAAAAUAACUAGGGACCAUGUCCCCAGAGCCUCAGUGACUUUUAGAUUUUGAUGAUCACUGUUAAUGCUAUCUUGCCCCAACUUGAACUGAACAUUAGAUUUGACCUUCUCCCACUAAAACCCAGACAUAUUUGACUUAUGUUGUGUUUUAGGUUUAUUUUCAGCUUCAAAGUAAUGUAUAAUUGUCAUAGGUACCAUGACCCUAUCACCUCUGGGUGAAGGAUUCAUUAAAUAAAAGCAGGCCCAAUUAUGCCAUAAACAUAUGCAUAUUAAUAUGCUUCUUGUAUACAUUUUAUAGACAUGUUUCUCACCUAAUCAACCAGUAUGGUUCAUGAAUUAUCUGACAGCUGUGAUAAUGGGACAUCUAGUCUGUACAUGUCGAUAAAAUAUGAAAUUCAGAUUUAAAUGGGGUAUUUUUUUUUUCCUUUGAGGGGAGUUUACAUUUUGCAAAUCCCAAAAGUUCACAAACAUUUGGUGUAAUAAAUGAGAAUGAUAUAUGAGAAAAUA